AUGAAUUAUAGCAGUGGCAAAAUCGAACAUCGUCCAAAGAGCUCCAAGCCCGCGGCGAAUAAUUACAGUAUAGUUUCUGAAGAGUAUCCUGGAGGAGGAAGGGGAGAAGGAGAAUAUAAAGAGGCAUCAGCAGAAGGGGAAACGGGGGAGGAGGAGGAGGAGGAGGAGGAGGAGGAGGAGGAGGAGGAGCAGGAGCAGGAGCAGGAGCAGGAGCAGGAGGAGGAAGCGUCAGUCGAAAAUAACAGUAUUACAUGGGGUAUCAUCGAAAAGCAGUAG